GCCGCCAUCUUAGCGCUGCCUCCUCCCCCGGUGCGGCGGGAUUGAAUGAGCGCGCCGCCCGCCCGCCUGUCCAGCGCCAUGUCCGGCACCCCGAGCCGCGGCACCCCUGCCGGGACCCCGCUGUCGCCCACCCGCAUCUCGCGCCUGCAGGAGAAGGAGGAGCUGCGGCAGCUCAAUGACCGCCUGGCAGUCUACAUCGACCGCGUGCGGGCGCUGGAGCUGGAGAAUGACCGGCUGCUCGUCAAGAUCUCCGAGAAGGAGGAGGUCACCACGCGCGAGGUGAGCGGAAUCAAGAGUCUCUAUGAGUCUGAGCUGGCUGAUGCUCGAAGAGUUCUGGAUGAAACUGCAAAAGAGAGGGCUCGACUACAGAUCGAAAUAGGAAAACUGAGGGCAGAACUAGAGGAGUUCAAUAAAAGCUACAAGAAGAAAGAUGCAGACCUGUCUGUGGCUCAGGGUCGCAUUAAGGAUCUGGAGGUACUGUUCCACAGAAGUGAAGCAGAACUCAACACUGUCCUGAAUGAGAAACGCAGUCUGGAAGCAGAGGUGGCCGACCUGCGAGCCCAACUUGCUAAGGCUGAAGAUGGGCAUGCUGUUGCUAAGAAGCAGCUGGAGAAGGAAACGCUCAUGCGUGUGGACCUGGAGAAUCGGUGCCAGAGCUUGCAAGAGGAUCUGGAUUUCAGGAAGAAUGUGUUUGAGGAGGAAAUAAGAGAAACAAGAAAACGGCAUGAACAUCGUUUGGUCGAGGUGGACACCAGUCGCCAGCAGGAGUAUGAGUCCAAAAUGACUCAGGCCCUGGAGGAUCUGCGAAACCAACACGACGAGCAAGUCAAGCUGUACAAACUGGAGCUGGAGCAGACCUACCAGGCUAAGCUGGAGAAUGCCAAACUCUCCUCAGAUCAAAACGACAAAGCUGCUGGUGCAGCUCGAGAGGAACUGAAGGAGGCUCGCAUGAGAAUAGAAUCACUCAGCUACCAGCUUUCUGGUCUUCAGAAGCAGGCCAGUGCAGCAGAAGAUCGCAUUCGUGAGCUGGAGGAAAUGAUGGCUGGUGAGCGGGAAAAGUUUAGGAAGAUGCUGGAUGCAAAGGAGUCAGAAAUGACAGAAAUGAGGGACCAGAUGCAACAGCAGCUUACAGAGUACCAGGAGCUGCUGGAUGUUAAAUUAGCACUGGACAUGGAGAUCAGUGCUUACCGAAAACUCCUGGAGGGAGAAGAGGAACGGUUGAAGCUCUCUCCGAGUCCCUCCUCCCGUGUCACAGUCUCUCGGGCUACCUCCAGCAGCAGCAGUAGCAGCACUUCCCUUGUUCGCUCUUCCCGGAGCAAGAGAAAACGUCUUGAAACAGAGGAGCUUUCCGGCAGUGGAACAAGUGGAAUUGGCACCGGAAGCAUUAGUGGCAGCAGCAGUAGUAGCAGCUUCCAAAUGUCCCAGCAAGCUUCGGCUACAGGAAGUAUCAGCAUAGAAGAGAUAGACUUGGAGGGCAAAUACGUUCAACUGAAGAACAACUCGGAGAAGGAUCAGUCCUUGGGUAACUGGAGACUGAAAAGACAAAUUGGAGAUGGAGAAGAAAUUGCUUACAAGUUUACUCCGAAGUAUGUCCUCAGAGCUGGGCAGACUGUAACGAUUUGGGGUGCAGAUGCAGGCGUAUCUCACAGCCCACCUUCUGUUCUCGUAUGGAAGAAUCAAGGCAGCUGGGGCACUGGAGCAAAUAUCCGCACAUACCUCGUAAACUCCGAAGGAGAGGAAGUCGCAGUGAGAAGCGUCACUAAAUCAGUAGUGAUGCGAGAGAACGAAGACGAAGAAGAUGAAGCCGAUUUUGGAGAAGAUGACCUUUUCAACCAACAGGGCGAUCCCAGAACGACCUCUAGAGGAUGCUCAGUGAUGUGAAGAAAGAAAAAAAAGAAACCAUUAUUUGCUAUUUUUCUUCAUUUAUUUCCUUUUAUUUUUGCUAUUUUUUUCCCUCCAGAGCCACUGAAAACUAUUUUUAUAUGCAUCAUCUGAUUUCUUUGAAGUUUACUCCUUGGUACAUUUUUAUAUAAAAAAAUCAAAAAAAAAAAACCUUUACUGAACAAAACUGCCAGGAUUUUUAAUAGAUUGCUUUAUUUUUCCCUCUCUUUUGAAACACUAUAUUGGAAUACAACAGUUUUCCCCCUAUAGAGUUUAAAGUCUUACAUACAACCCUGCAGCAGAAAGAAAAUGUUUAGCUAAAAUGGGAUGAGACUCUUGAGUGUUUGGUAAAUCAGUAAUUGUGUAAAAAAACAGGAUAACACAAAAAAUUAAGAUGAAGAAAGAGGAGAUGCCAGGGGUGUUUCCUCCAUGCUGUACUUUAAGAAAUGGUGAUGUCUGGGUCCUCAGCAGUGCUGAGAGACAGGAGAGUAGAGAGCUACUUAGGGAGAGCAGAGCCCACUUCGUUCCAAAUGCUGCUCCACAGCAGAGGAGGCAGAAGAAAGACGUUCUUGGCCCAGAACGGUGGCAUCUUGUCCUGCUUCAGGGUUUGACAGCUUAGUGGUAAAAACUGAGUCUGUCAGCACCUCCGCUGCGCAUCCUGACUGCAGAUGGUGGAGGAGGGUGGGUUCUGCUUACGGAAUACGCACCCUCUUAAGGUACAGCACUGUCACACCCAGCAUUCAACUGCCUGAUUUUCAGGGGAUUGUAACGUUGUACAAAGUGAGACCGUGUUAAAUUGUGGGUACAAAUUGUGAUGAACAGUGUUUAUGAUGUUAAGCAUCAUGAUUGAAUGCUUUUGACACUCAGCAUUGAACACAAUGAUUACGGUUUUAGAUGUUAAGAAUAUUUUUAAUUCCAGCAAUGAUAAAUAUUGGGGAUUUUAAAUGUUAUCCUGUGUAAAUGUUGACUUUUAAAAUCAGUGCUACAUGCAGGUCGUUCACACUUCUGUUCAAAGGGACGCUAUCAGAUAUCUUAAGGAGCCGCAUUUGCAAAAUAGGACAGAAAUAGUUUAAUGACUUUUAAAAAGAGUUAAAAGGAACGGCUGUGGGGCAGGACAGGCUUUGCUUUGUGUUGUUCAGCUGCUCAAGGUAAAAUCUAACAGUGAGGGGAAAAUAAUGCUUUGUAUAAAAAAUGCUCUGUACGAGCAGCAGGUGAUUUGCAUUUGUCUGAUGCCUUUUGUGUCUGACAGCGUCCCUUUGGCUUAGGGUUUCUUCUGCUGCACUUGGGAGGAGAUCCCUGCCUCCCGUAGGGUUGGAGUUUGUAGAGCAGUGCAUCUUGAAGCACUGGGGGAGGUACCUGACUGCUCCAAAGGAUGUAUUGGCUGCUGUACAGGCAAGUGCUUCCUCCACCAGUUAUUAGUUUGGAUACAGAAUUUGGAUACCAUAUGAUGCCAGCGUAGAAUCCUGUUUUUUAUCUGCACUCUUGAACUCUGAUCUCAUCAUCAAAUAGUUCCAAGUCGUCCAACAGGUGACAAGGUGUGGCUCUUUUCGGUGGCUUUUGGACAUUAUGUUCUCUGAGCAGUGUCGUGACUGACAGAUGUAACCUAGGAGGGCAGCGUAGUGGCUCUGACUGAUGGCUUUUGUAACGCAAGCAGGGUGGGAACAAAGGGGCGUUUAAGCUUAUGGCUUCGUUUUGCCAUUUAAAAAUAAAUCAAAGAUGCUACUUUUCUCUCUUUGAGUGGAAUGACGGAAUUACUGAAGUGAAACUAAUAGAAAAUCAGAAUUAUGUUUUAGUCCAUUUUCAGAAGAUCUAUUAAAAAACAGGAUGCAGAUUUGGCUGUUUGGGCUGACGGGAGAACCUGAUCGAUGUACUUGGCUGUGAUUUUCCCACUCUGCUUGAGUAGAAGGUUAAAUAUGUAGUAAAUCAUGUCUAUCUCUGUAAAAUGUAUCUAGUGAAAUUAUGUUUCUCAGACAUAACUGUUAGCAAUUACCUUUUCUAAAUUUACUGUUAUGCAAAUGAAUGCAAUCAGUAUAAAAGUACUUUUGCAACAGCACCUUCCAACCACUGGGCAGCAUUUCCCUUUCUGACCCACAGCUCCUACCACACACGUCAUCUUUGAGGGUGUUUUGCUUUUUUUCCUGAAGCUCUGUAUUUAUUUUUUUGACAUCGGCCAGUUCUCAGAUCGCUCUUUAAUUCUUCUUUAAGGUUGUCCUGUGAGUUUACGAUUGAUCUGAAACCCUAAUGCCAUGUAUGUCCUUUGCAUUUUUUCUGUGAUGAUUUUUUUUCUUUGUAAAGGACAGGCUAGGAAAGGCAGCUUGAACAAAGAAAAAACUUUUGCUAUCUGAGCCAUAGUUUUCUUAGUAGCUACUGUAUGGAUAAUGUGUCUUCUCGUAGCUUUAAGGCCUGGUGCUCACAGAUCUGCUGUGAUGAGCGCUGUGCUCUUUGGUAAUCGUCUGCAGGAUUUGUCCCUCAAGUCAGAACUGUCUCCUUUAGCGCUGGAAACAGUUCAGUUUGUUCUUCAGUACCAUGUGUAGGUACUUAGAGGUGUUCAGACAGCAGUGACCGAUACUGCGGGAAGAGCUGAAUGCCAGCAGACUGACUGUGGGUGAUUAUGCACUGCAGGGCUUUCUAAAUGGCUACUGAAAACGCAAGAAUUCCUAGUGGUAAAUUACAAGACACAGAAAAACUACUGUAUUCCACAUACUUUUUUGUGUGUGCAUCUUCUCCAGAUGUCAUCCUUUCCUCUUGCUCUUGAUGCUGAGCUUCUGUGUAACGGCACGAUCCCUUUAGAGCUGUUGCUCCAUGCUGGGAGGGUUUUUGGCUUUACCAAACCAAAAAGCAAUGGGUUUAUUUCCAUCUUUCAAGGACUGGGGUUGUUCGGUUUGAGUUCUGUUCAUUUUCAGGGUAAUUAAAGCUUUUAGUUAAAUAAAAACCAAUUCUCCUUGUCCUCUUCUCUUCUUUGAGCCUGUAUGUGCAUCGCUCUUGAAGAAGCUGGAGGACAGUCAGGAUUUGUCCUCCUGUGUCUUGUAUCAGGUGCAAAGCUUGAAGGAGAAAUAGAUUUGACUUGUCAGGAUUAAAAAAUAUUUUAAGGCUUCUCUGAUUAGGGCAAUUAACCAGUAUAGCAUUUAUCAGAGUAGUUACUUGAGUGUAACUACCCAUAUGGAUGUUCUUAUUUCAGAAAAAUAAGCGAAGAACUUUAUGCUCAGUGAAAAAGUUAAAAUGAUUCCUAAAUGAUUCUCACUGGUAAAGAGGGAGAAGGAAUAAAAGCGUAAGCACAGCAGAAUAGUUAAUUAAUUCAUAUUAAUAGGUAAUAGCCAGUCUCGUCAUUGCAUAGAUCAUAACAGAACAUCAUAUACAAUAUGAUAAACACGUGCUACCCGCUCCUCAGUCCAUACCCUUUGAGAAUGCCCAUGUUGGAGCACGUUGGUCCUUCUGCAGAGCCAUGGUGACGUGGCAGCCUGCAGAGUACGGGAUGGCCAGUGAGCACUUGGGCAGCUCGUGCUGCUUCUGUCUCCCUCGCUUAUGCAUUCGCUCCUUUACCUGUUGUGUGACAACAACUUAAUCCAGGCAGUGGAGCGGCUGUUGUCCCACAGUGCGUCCGCUCCGGCUGGCUCCGUGCUCUUGCCCUGGCAAAACCAGCCCUUGGCACUGGUGCCCUGCAUCUCGUCUGCAGCCCCAGGUUGCCGUUAGAUGGGAGCUGGCAGCCACGGUUUGUGUUUGUAGCAGGAACCAAAAGUCUCAGGAAGAAACCAAACAUCUGCUUCCCGUGAGCUGGGAUGUAAAAGCCAGACGAGCGCAUCUGCAGCUCAUGUCGGUCGUGAGUUGCACUGCAGCGUGAAGCAGACCGUACUGUGAAUGAAAUCUCUUACUGUGCAGGUUUAUCCUUGACCAACGAGACACCUCAUCUUCAGUUCAGGGAUCUCACCGGGUUUGUACACCCUUUUUUCUUCUCCUUAAUGCUCAUCCCCUCUUAAAGGCCCUUUCACUGCAACCUGAACAGGGGUUGGUUAGGAGAGGCUUGUGAAAACCCUCUCUGCACCCUGGAAUGUGUGAGAAUCUGUUUGUGUGCACCAGACAGACUUUGAUGCUGCGUGACAACACGCAUGCUGUGUGUUCUGUAUCUCUCGUAGCCACUUCUCUCCCUCAUUCUUAAACCGUUCUCUCUCUCCCUUCCUCAAUCUUAAACCAUUCUGUCUUCGGUCUGUAUCUUCUUCUGAAAGUCUUAACAAAGGCGUAUCCGGAGGCGAUACUGGAUUUCAUUGCCACUGUUGGGUCCAAACCCUGUGCGAGCAGGAAACAAAGCCUUGUUGUAAGCCAGUGAGUGGAAGGUGAGAUAACGAUUGCAUUUUUUCAAAACAUUGUUUUAGCUGAAUUCCAAGACAAAUUGUAUCGGAGAGUUUCUUUUCUCACUUAAAAUGGCCUGGGAAACAGAAUUUUUAUUUGACCUUCAAUAUGCUUAGCUUUAAACUAGUUUAAAAUAACUUCAAAGUGGUUUUUUUUUUUAUACAAAACCAUAUUUACAUGCAAUUAUUAUUUGUAAAUGUAAUGCCUUUCUUGAAAUGCUAAGGUCUAGAGAGUGAAAAGGGUGCUUGAUAUCGAAAGACUCCAUUCAGGAUAGCACAAGCAGUGAAUUGACUUGGAGUUCAGGAAAAUAACGUGUUUUAUUGAAUGUCCGAUUUUUCUAGUUAGCUUUUAAUGAAGUGACAAUUCAGUGUUGGUAAGGUAGAUGUUAAUGUGUAUUCCAGCUACCCAGAUCAUCAUUAGCCUAAAAUUUACAAGCAAUAAGCUCUUUUAAGCAAGUUUAAGCCAAAAUGCUUUCCAUUUGGGCAUACCAGUACCUUCUCAGUUGAACUCUUGACAUAACAGUGAUGCUUUGUGACUUGAAUGGUGAUUUUUUCGUUGUUGUUUUAACAAUCAAUAUUUUGGCAGCUCUGGCUCGGGGUCACUGCUUAGUUUCACCGACCCCUUGCUCAGCUGCUGCUGCUUCUGGAAGGUUCAAGUUUUUAAAAUAAGGAAUUGUGAAAAAGAUUUCAAAUUGAAUUACAAAAAUGAUUAAAACCUUCAUGUGGAACUUAAGAAAACUACAUAAUGAUCUAGACUUUACCAUUUCGAAGUGGUUUGUUUUUCUUUUUUCUUUUUAGAAUAUGCAUGCCAAAUGUCUUGUCUUUUUCAAUGAUUUGUAAUAUACAUUUUAUGACUGGAAACUUUUUGUACAACACACUCGAAUAAAUGUUUUGCAUUUUA